GAUACUCUGUGAUUUUUUCUGACAACUGUGCCAAAAAGAUUUAACAAGUUGGGAUCUUUGCCUCACGAAAGUUUAAGGAUGUCUGGCACCACAGCAACUACCUUACUCUCUGAGCCUGUGACUAAGAGCGAAGAUGUAUUAACAUUCGGCCUAAUUGACUAUGUUGUCUUUACGUUAAUGCUUAGUUCCUCGGCGGGAAUUGGUGUGUAUUUUGGAUUCUUUUCCAAGGCCAAAAAUACAACCGAAGAGUAUUUACGUGGCGGGAAGAAAAUGAAACCCAUUCCAAUUGCCAUAUCCUUGGUAUCCAGUCAACUGUCUGGCGUGGCCAUUAUGUCGAUUCCUGCAGAGAAUUAUACAUAUGGCUUUAACUUUAUAUUUAUUGUGCUCUCAAUGGUUGCAGUUUUGCCAAUACUAAUUUUCGUAAUUGUUCCUGUUUUCUAUGAUAACAAUGUGACGAAUUGCUAUGAGUAUUUGGAGAUGCGUUUCAAUAAGAGAACACGGCAGUUGAUUACGGGAACCUUCGUUAUGAAUCAGUUUCUAAUGUUACCUGUUUUUAUGUUUGUUCCCUCGCUGGCUUUUUCUCAAGUGACUGGCUUAAAUAUCCAUCUAAUCAACACGGUGGUUUCUUCCAUUUGCGUCUUUUAUACCAUGUUGGGUGGCAUUAAGGCUGUUGUCUGGACAGAUGUGGUCCAGGCCGGUGUAAUGCUCUUCUCUGUGGUUCUUGUGGGCAUUCUGGGCACACAACGAGCCGGCGGUUUGGGAACUGUUCUGGAUUAUGCAUCCGAAGGAGGACGCUUCAAUUUCGAUUUUCGGAUGGAUCCACGAAUUCGUUUAUCAUUUUGGAGUGGUAUCAGUAGCGGCCUACUUAUGUGGACAGGAAAAAUUGGAUUGGAUCAAUGUUGUGUUCAGCGCAUUGUCUCCUUACCCUCAUAUCCUCAGGCUAAGAAAUGCUUAACCGUAUCGACCAUUGGCUUUAUCAUCAUUAUGUUCUUUAACUGUUUUGCGGGAAUUAUUAUGUUUGCCCGAUACUUUGGCUGCGAUCCCAUGAAAGCCGGUUUGGUCAGCAAACCAGACAAAAUGAUGCCCUUCUUCAUUCAGGACAUCAUGGGCAAUUUGAUGGGCAUGCCUGGAGUGUUUAUCUCUUGUGUGUUUAGUGCUUCGCUUAGCUCUUUAUCAGCCAAUUUGAAUUCCCUUGCCGGUGUGGCCUAUUUCGAUUACAUAAAGCCCUACAUUCGGCACACGGAGGCUCGAGCAAAUGCCUCAAUGAAAUUGGUAGUCGCUGCUAUGGGAGCCUAUUGCAUUGUGGGCGGAUUUAUUGUUGAGAACUUUAGCUCCAUCCUGCAGACAAUGUGGACCGUAACCGGUAUAAAUUAUGGCGCCGUGGUGGGCAUCUUCCUGCUGGGCAUGUUUGUUCCGCGGUGCAACAGCAAGGGAGCAGUCUCAGGCAUUAUCUUUAGUGUGUUAGUCAUGCUUUGGAUCAUAAUCAAUGGACAGAUGAAUUUCAAAUCUGGCUUAGUUAAAUACGAAAUUCUCCCUAAUGGCCUGGAUCAAUGUGAGGCGAGGGAUCUGCAUUGGAAUUUGGAUGGCAUCAGCACCACAAACUCAACGAUUAGCGCUGAUCCCACCGCAAUUCCUGUAGAGCGCACAACUGCCUUUGGCAGCAAUCGUGACUUUUCUAUCUACGAUAUCUCAUUCUAUUGGUAUAAAGUACUUGGAGCCAUUUUGGUGUUCCUUUGGGCCAUUCCAAUGAGUUAUAUAUGUCCAUCUGAUGAGGCUGACAAAAAAGAUCCGAAACUCUUUUCGCCAUUUGUACGUAAAUUCCUGAAAAUGAUCCCAACUGAAUUGGAAUUUGACGAAUUGCCACAAAAAGAUCCGGAUCAUAAAUUAGAAAUAAUUGAAAAAGUAAAUGGAGCUAACCAUGACUAUUAGUAAACCACUAAGAAAUGUAUUAUUAUCUGUAUAAAACAAAUUAAAAAUAAAUCUAAAAAUCAA